AUGUUCCACAAUAAAAUAGCUGCUCAUCAAAUUGAUGAUACAGCUUUAUUCGCUUUUCUGCGAGCUCAACUUCAAGCUAAAGAAAAAGAAUUACUGGAAUUACAACGAGUUGACCCAUGUUUAUUAGCACCUGACUCUAAUCAAAUUGACAUGCUGGUUGAUGCAAUUGUUUCUCUUCAGUUGUCAACUCAAGAAGGAUCAUUUGUUUUUGCAUCGACUUCUAUUUCCAAUAACACACCACCUUGUACAAGCGUUUGUUCAACUGGUUUGAACUCAAUCAAAACUCUUCCAUCUUCAGUUUGGCUUUCGCCAUCGAAUUCUGUGAAACAAAAAAAUGAACAACAUUCAUUUAUGCUCAGCCAUCUUUUAUCAUUACCUAUUACUGCUUAUCUAGCAUCAUCGUUUCCAUUAUUUGAAACAACAACUAAAACACAAAAUCGAUCAUUAAAUCAUGUUCCUAUGGUUAAUCAUUUGCUCUUUAUGCCUAUUGAUACUUUCAAAGCAUCUUCUAAAAUUCCUUUGCCGACUAAAAUAAAAAAUAAUAAAAAUAUAAAAAUUCAUGUUAAAGCUUAA